AUGGCAGACAAUUUCAAUGAUGCUUAUUUCAGCAUUGACCAAAUACUCAACGAUGAAGGCAACAUGGAAGACCAAUAUGCAAGCAAUGAAGGAACUCACAACAAUCAACACAGUCAACAACAACAAGAAACAAAUGGCAAUCCCAUAGCCAAGAAAGUGCUGACUGUAUCCCAAAAGAGACAGAUUGUUGAUGAUUUUUUAUUACAACAUCAGUGUGGGGAAAUACCAAGAGGAUUUUUAACAAAGCAAGCAAUCAAGUUUCAGGUACACAGGUCAACUAUUCACAGACUAAUCAAAGACAUUAAGACACAAAUGGCAGUGGGGAAUGUGAUAGAUGUCAGAAGCAAGAAGUUGGGCAAAACUGGACCCAAACCAACAGAAUACACAGAUGAGUUCCUGCAAUCAGCCCCAUUGUACAAGAGGGUGACUGAGAGAAGCUAUGGAGCAGCUCUCAAAAUAUCACAUGUCACCAUCCACAAGUUAAAGAAAAAAGGAAGACUCAGAACACAUACAAGCACAAAUCGCCCUGCACUGACAUCCAACCACAAGAUAACAAGACUGAAAUGGGUGUUAAGUCAUCUACUGCCAGCUGAAGAUAAUAGGGACCCACAGUUUCUGGAUAUGCAGCAAGUAGUGCAUAUUGAUGAAAAAUGGUUCUACUUGAACCCAGACACCAGGAGGUUCUACCUCCUGCCCAAUGAGCCUAACCCAUACAUGUGCCAACAAUCCAAAAGGUUCAAGGUAAAAGCAAUGUUUAUGGCUGCCAUUGGGAAGCCAAUUUUUGACCCCCAAGGAAAUGUCUUGCAUGAUGGAAAAUAUGGAAUUUUUCCAUUUGUGUAUGAAACCACAACAAAGAAAAAAAGCAAAAACAGGGAGGCAGGUGUUGUGGAAACAAAGGCAAUACAAAAUGUCAACAAAGAGGCAAUCAGGGCAAUGUUGCUGGAAAAAGUGAUUCCUGGCAUCAAACAGAAAUGGCCAUCCCAUCUGUCCAAGGACAUAUGGAUUCAAUGGGAUAAUGCAAGACCCCAUCAAAUUCCCAGGGAUGAGGAAUUUAAUGCAGCUUGUCAGUCAGAUGGUUUCAAUAUCCAAUUCAUUUACCAGCCAGCUCAGUCCCCUGACCUUAAUGUGCUAGAUUUGGGGUUGUUUAAUGUCAUUCAAUCCAUACAAUACCAAUCAUUUCCUAAGAACUUAAUGGAACUCAUUGAGAAAGUGAAAGAGGCUUAUGACUUGUUUAAUCCUAUUUCAAACAAGCAUUGUUGGAUAACAUUGCAAUGUUGCAUGGAAGAAAUACUCAAACAUCUUGGGGGGAAUCAUUUUACCCCUCCACACAAAGGCAAGAAAAGGCUGGAAAGAAUAGGCAUGUUGCCAGAAAUACUACAUGUGGACAGGACUUUGGUUCAUCAAGCUGUUGAUCACCUCAACAGUAUGUUCAUAGAAAUAGGUCAAGGCAAUUACAAUGAUGAAGGAAUGGAAGUUGAUGCAGACUGA